AUGGAUUUCAAUGAUGCUAAAGCGGAAAAUAGUAUUUUUUUUCAACGUGGAGUUUAUCCUGCUGAAGACUUUAAAUGGGUAAAGAAAUACGGACUAAAUGUUUUAAUGACACUCGAUGACAAUGUUAAACUGUAUUUAAAGAGGUUGUUAAAUCAAAUAGAAAGUUGGUUGAUGGCUGGUAAAGUAGAUAGGCUUGUUCUGGCAAUCAUCUCAUGCGAAACACGCGAGACGCUUGAAAGAUGGCAAUUUGAAAUUGAAAUCAUCGAUGAAAAUAAAGCACAAGACAGUUCCACAAGAAAAGACAAACCAUAUGACGAAAUACAAAAAGAAAUUCAAGGAAUUAUCCGUCAAAUAACAGCCAGUGUUUCAUUUUUACCAGUUCUAGAAGAUAAAUGCACGUUCUCUAUAUUGGCUUACACGGAUAAAGAUAUCGAAGUGCCGGCUGAAUGGAGAGAUGGUGAUCCGCAUCUUAUACCAAAUGCCGAACAAGUUAGACUUCGAUCAUUUUCGACGAUGUCGAGGAUAUACCAAAAAUGGGGUUCGUUAAAGCAGGGUAACUAUUGA